UCUUUGACCGACUCAUCGCCCUCUCUCUCUAAAUUUAAUAAGCAUACCGAAACUCCAUUAGCCCAAACCCAACAUCAAAUCCUCUCUCUCCCUUAAAGGCUCGCUCAGGCAGCAAGUCAUUCUCUCUCUGUGCAGUGCAGGCGAGAAGAAGACAAGGGCUCCCUUUCUUUUCUCUCAUCAGAUCCCCCUUUCAGUUUACAGUUUGCAGGAACCACCAUUUUCGAUUUUUUCCUCUAUUUUUCAAGAAUGGCGGAGGGGAUGAGUACUGCCAGUAGAAGAGGAAGAAACCUUUAAUCUUCGAUAUCAGAGUAUCCCAUUAUACAUAUAUUCUGUUUAUGUAUGCGUAUAUACAUACACGUUCACUGUAUACAGUUUUAUAAAUGAGGUGUAAGAAACACUUCCCCGACCUCAGCAGCGCCGUCGGAGUCUGCGCCUCUUGCCUCCGGGAACGCCUCCUUGCUCUCAUCGCCGCUCAAGCCCGAGCCCAAGUCCAGGCCCAAGCUCAAGCCCAAGCGCACUCCUCCGGCGCCGCUGAAGAUUGCCGGAAAUCCGACCCGCAACCGCCGCCGCUCGUCUUCCCCCGCUCUGUCUCGCCUUACAUCUCUCGCCGGAAAUCUGACAGCGCGUCGUGGCAUCAUCAGCACCCCCACUGUUUCUCCGAUCAGCGGUUUUACAGCACUCCCCAGGUGGGCCCCACGUAUAGGUCUGCUGCCGGGGCCGGGGGAGGUAUUGCGAGCUUUGGGAAGAAGAAACUCGGAAAGUUCUCGCUGUUUUCCAACAUAUUCAGAUCCAGAUCCGAUAAAUCCGAAUCGGAACCUAGGGUUUCCAGUGACUCGGGCGCGAGCGCGUCUUCGUCGCCGAACUGGUUCUCGUCGGUCGUCCGCAGGCGCCAGAAAAAGCAGUCGGGGAUUUUUACCCUCGAGGAUUCUCUCGGCGGCGGCCGGUUUCCUUGCAGGGCGAGAGAUCGUGGAAUGUCGCCAGACAACGCGGGGCACUGCGAAGACUGCGAGGAGUCGCCGACGCCCAGCGGUUACUCAUCCGAGGUGUGGAAGACGCCGAUGAACGCUCCGGCUGGUGCCCGUCGAGGGCUGUCCGGACCGAAUCGGAACGUCUCGGGGCUGGCGUUUUGCUGGAGCCCGCUAGUGAGGGCCAGCCCAAGCCGGCAAUGGAACCAGAAGGGAAUGCAGCCGGAGGCUGGGUUCUCCGGCGAGAUUCGGGCUCCGAACAAGCCACACUUAUCGGCGGCCGCUUCGUACUGCGCCAACAGAUCGAGAAAGCUUGCGGAUUUCGGGAGAUCCAAUCACAACCAUUGAUCCUGACGACUUUUUACAUUGACCGCCAUUGUGAUAUAUUUGGAAGUACGGUUUUGCCCCUCUUAUUUUCUGAAAUUUCUCACUUUUUUUUUUGUUUUUUAAAAAUUGGUUCGCAAUUAAAAUUACAAACAUGAUGUUUGUUUGACUUUUUUUAUCCUUUCUUUCUCUGUACACUCAUAUAUUAGUAAUAGAAAAUGAAUAUAUUUAUAUA